AUGUAUCUCAAAAGCGCCCUUCAACUAUCCCUCACCAGCACUCUCCUCCCCCUUACACCACUCAAUUCCACAUCCCCAUCCACCUCACCAACACCGCAAUCAAACACAGAACCCGGCUACUCCAUCAACACACCCUCAACAGUAUCCGGAACGCCGCAUUUUGGCCAGAACUACGCAGUCCUCAACCUCGAUCUAAUUGACGGCCUCGUCAGCAAUGUCAACGAGACCGAUGCAGGGAAGAUAUGGAUUAAUGCGACUGCGAAUUGGAUCAAUGCCGUCCAUAAACUAGAUUCCCCGCCACUAAACAUCUACACGAGAAUCUACUUUACGGAAUCCUGGAAACCCGAAGUCACCGCCGACACCCCAUUCUCAAAAGUCGUCACACCACUAGGAAACAUCACCGCCUCAGAUCCUAAAUCCCAGAUUUACCCUGCCUUUCAACCAGCCGGUAACCGCAAAGACGCAGUUCUGCGCAAAUCGAGAUACUACGCCGGAGACGCAAACUCGCUAGAGGAGAUUCUCAGGGUCCAAGGAGUUGACACUGUUAUUCUCUCAGGAAUCCGAACCUCCGGCGUCGUGCUCAGUACCGUAUUCCGAUUAUUCGAUUUGGAUUAUAACAUAUACAUAAUCUCAAACAACACUCUCGAAACAUCAUCAAACGCGCAAACCAUCAAUGACAUAAUCCUAACAGGAAUCCUGCCCAAGAUGCCUGUGGGCGUUAUUUCACUCGAGCAGGCGAUCGCGGGCAUAAAGCGGUCUGCUAGUCACGAUUAGCUUCUAGCCGUUAUUUCCCUCCCCGUUUCUGCAGAUCAGGUCUCCAUGAUAGGCGUGGAAACAUUAUCCGCGAGGCUUGGUUGUCAUGGCGAGUUAUGCAUAAAUAAACACAAGCGCAACUAUGACAUAAUUAUACAUUGAUUUUGCGUCAAGUCGGAAAAAGUGCAUUUGUUUUCUAUGUACACUAAAUCAAUCUAUAACAAUGCUGAGUCAAUGCUAAUCAAUAACAUGGCC